GAGCACUGAGCACUGCGAGCUGAUGAGAACUCAAAGAGAACAAACUUCGCUAUAAAUCUUAGGCACAAAUACUUUCUGCUGUCAGUCUCGAGUCUGCGCUGUGCCUUUCAAGAUCUAAUCAUUCAGUAUUCUUACAAUCGAAGAUGUUCAAAUCGACGAAUUGCAUUCUGAUCGCAUUGUUUAUGCUGCUGCUGUGCAUUUUGGCCAAAGCUGCGCCCUAUCAGGAGUUGGAGCCACGCAAGGGUCAUGUACCAGUCUAUAUACGACACGGCGACGAGUCCUUGAGCAACAUUCAUCCCGGUCUGGCGGAGGCUUUUAAGGAGCAGCCCAGCGCAGAGAAUCUUGUGGCGCAGACUACAACCGAAUCGGAUAUAGCUAGCUUGGAUGUUAUCAAAGCUUUGGACAAACUAAAUUAAAUGGAAUAAAUAUUGUGAUUUAUAGAACAUAAAGUGU